ACAUAUCCUUCUACUUUUUUUCAAAUAUAAAUAAGCAUAAGAUUGGAAGCUAACCAUCAACGCAACAAAUCACAUAGCCAAAGGUUUCCACUUCCUUUGAGAUCUUCUCUCCAUUCUUCAUUCUCAACUAUUCUUCUUCCUUCUCUACAUACAUCAAUCACUAUGGGUUUCAGUUUGCCAAGAGUAGUUCCAGCUAAGAAAUUGCUUCGACGAUCUCUUUCCAAUUCAAACAAAGCUGCUUCAAUGGCAGUAUAUGUCCCUAAAGGCCAUUUAGCAGUUUAUGUUGGAAAGAACGAAAAGAAGAGGUUUGUUGUUCCUGUGUCAUUCUUAAGCCAGCCUUUAUUUCAAGAGUUGCUUAUCCAAGCUGAAGAAGAAUAUGGAUAUGAUCAUCCAAUGGGAGGCCUAACAAUUCCCUGCACAGAAGAUGCAUUUAUCGAUACCAUCUCAAAUCUGAAUGCUUCAUGAGACUCAACAAAAUUAGGCAGAUUAAUUGCGACAUUUUUGUAAAGCGACCAAUGUCAAUACAAUAUAGAACAUUUUUUCCAUGUUAGAUUUUAUUCUCUUUUCCUUGAGGAGUGAAUUAUGGCUCCCAGAACGAGGAUGUAAUGAAACAUGAUAUAUACAUAAAAAAUAUAUAUAUAUAUAUUUUUCUAUUUUUUUCCA